AUGGUAGCCGACUUGUUCAAUGGCUUCCGUGAAGGAGAAUUUUGGUUUCCACCCAAGUAUUUCUCUCUGAACGCAGCUUCAAUCACUACAAUAAGUGUCAUGAACAUGAUGAACCUCCCUAUGCAUUUGUAUAUGCAGGGCCAAGUAGCCAGGCUAGGAAGCAUGGCGACUAUGGCGUUCAUGUCCACCAUGGUGGCUAACAUGCUCCUUUCUUUGGGAUAUAUGGACAGCAAGACACUUGUUGCUAAUGUCAUAGGUGUUACUAUUCCAAUUAUCAUCGUAAUUAUGGAUAGUUUUAUGGAGCUUAAUACUAGUGUUUUUGGCUACGUGAAUUUAGCAUACACCCUCAUGGAUAUGCUAGUCUUCUUACUAAUAAUUUUGAUUUCUGCUGCUAUAGCAAUUCCUUCUCUUAAGCUAAAUUUAGAAGCCCGGUAUCGAGCCACUAGCCAAAGAGUGUCAAGCAAUCAACGUCCAGAAGAUAGAUUCAGUUUCGAGAAGCUGAGAGAAUAUGUGGAAAUGCAUCAUAUCUUGGCAGAAAAUUGCGACCCUCAGUUUGCUUUGGCUAGUAGUCCAUUAUCCUCUACUCCUGGCUUAAUUUGUGUACUUGUUUUAGUCAUCUACAUACGUGUGGCUGUGGAAGUAUUGAUAACAGAUCAUGAGAGAAUGUCCGGAUCUGGUUAUAGAUGGCACGGGACUACUGGUUAA